GUAUAUAUAAAGAAAGGGAGAAGAAAACCAACCUCACCAAACACUAGCAUUGAUUGGCCAUCAGACCAAAGGAUCAAAGACAAACCAUGGAAGAGAAAGAGAAGAAGAAGAAGAAACAGAAAAACCAACAACAACAGACCAACAAAUCAACGGCUGAUCCCGCAUUUAAGCCGAGCUCGGACGUCAAAGGGCUCCGGUUCGGCGGCCAAUUCAUCAUAAAAUCCUUCACGAUCCGCCGGGCCGCACCGCUCGAGCUCCUCCGUCUCCUCUCCAUCCCACCCACCAUCCAAAACCAAUGUCCCAAAACCAUUCCUUUCCCUUCAACCAUCACAUUCCUCCCCACCAACUUCACCAUCCUGGCCCACCAUGCCUGGCACACCCUCACGCUCGGUCUCGGCACCAAGAAGUCCAAAGUCAUACUAUUCGUGUUUGAAUCGGAGAACAUGAAAUUGUCUGUCGACAGGUUAUGGCCGUCGGCAAUUCCACUAGGGGAAGUGAACAAGAAGCUCAUACGUGGGCUCGCCGGGUGUGAGAUGGCCCGGUUCAAGUUCAGGAAGGGGUGCAUCACUUUCUACGUGUAUGCGGUGCGGCGAGCGGGGGCCGCCGGGUUCUCCCGUGCCGAUGAUCUACGGCAGAUAUUGCAGUCUGUGGUUGCACUCAAGGACUUCUUGGAUCAUACGGCGAUGCUCGCGUUGCCGAGCCAACGGAGCAUCUGUUUCUCGCCUCCGGUAGCUGUGGCCCAUUAAAUGGUUCUCUUCUUUCUAAUGAUUUUCUUUUUAUUUUUGAUAACUGAUUUUUUUCUGUCUAAUUUUUUUUUUUUAAAUGGGUGGGGUGGUAAACAAUUCUUUUUGUUCUUUUUUAGGCCCUGUUUGGUUGCCACUUAAAAAUGAUUUUAUCUCAUUUUUGUUAACAGUCAUUAUGCUUUAGAGAUUAUGUUUUAUAUUGUGUUUGGCAGCACCAAUAUCACGAAAUUUCAUGAUGUUCAUGAUUGAUCAGUCCUAUAGGGUACAAAAUAUUAUGAUAUUUGGUGCAACCAAACGCCACCUCCUAUAAAAAUUAUGAUGGUUUGUUGAGAUUAUUUUAAUCCUUAUAAAAAUCUUUAAUACAUAAUUAUUGUUAACUAAAAUGAGAUGAAUUCAUUUUUUAAAGUGGCAACCAAACAGGGCUUCUUUUUUUUUUUUAAUUUGUAAAAUUCCUAUUUUGUAAUUUAGUAUGAGAACAUUGGAAUCUUAUUGAGAGUGUAUGCA